ACGUCGGCACCAUGACCCAGCACCUCAGCGGCUCGUCUCCCUUCCUCAAGCCCUUCUUCCUGAAAACGCCCGUCCGGGUGGUCAACCCUCUGGGGCAGAGACGACACACGUUGCCCGCCAGCGAAUUCAGGAACCUCACGCCUCAGGAUGCCAUCAGCGUGUUUGAGAUCGAGAGAGAAGCUUUCGUCUCAGUGUCCGGCGAGUGCCCUUUGACCUUGGAAGAGGUGCUGCGCUUUGUGCGUCAGUGCCCCGAGCUGUCGCUGGGCUGGUUCGAGGAGGGUCAAUUGGUCGCCUUCAUCAUCGGCACCGGCUGGGACAAAGAGAGGCUUUCGCAGGAGGCCAUGACCCUACACGUGCCAAACACGUCCACGGUGCACAUCCACGUGCUGUCAGUGCACCGCCACUGUCGGCAGCAGGGCAAAGGCUCCAUCCUGCUGUGGCGGUACCUGCAGUACCUUCGCUGCAUGCCGCACCCCCGCCGGGCGCUGCUAAUCUGCGAGGACUUCCUGGUGCCAUUCUACCUCAAGGCCGGCUUCAAGGAGAAAGGCCCGUCAGCUAUCAGCGUAUCCAACAUGCGCUUCCAGGAGAUGGAGUACCUGUUGGGCGGACAGGCAUACGCCAGGCGGAAUAGCGGCUGCUAACACAGAUCGAUAUUGAGGACUGCCUUAAAUGCACUUUGACACCUGCAGGAUGUGCAGCUUGUCACAUCUGACUUUUAAAAUACACACACCUCAGCUAAGUCGGGAGACUUGAGAAAAUUGCAUAGUUGCACAAAUGUUUGUCCUUUGCUGGGUUAUGUGUGAAACAUUAAUGCCUGGACUUCCUGGACUGUUGCAGUCUCUUGUGUGAAAUCAGUUCAUGGAGGCAUUUUCUACUCUCUUUGCUGAGUUCUGUGUAAAAGGCAGGGGCAAGAGAAAUGCUGCCAUUUUGUUUGUAUCGGCGGUUUUGCUGAAUCUCUGCGUGAAUGAAAAAUAAAGAGCAAGAUGCACA